AUGAGCAAGUGUGCGACGCCGACUCCUUCAACGUCUUCCACUUCCAGUGAUGAGGUGCGAUUACGGUAGCCAUUCUCACAGGUGGAAUUCUGAAGCCGUUUUGUUAAUUUCCACCUGCAUCUGUAUUCAUUUUUUAUGUUUUCUUACUUCUUUCAGUCGAAACGAAGUCCUCAGACGUUGGCGAAAACCUUUCCCCAACGGAACCUUUCCACCACUUCCAGUUCUUCCAGCAGUGAGAAUCGACACUUUUCAAAGUGCGCUCUAUUGAAUUUUUAUUCAGAUUCGCCACGUCAUCGUUCUUUGGAAACCCCAAUCGUCCUGCAGCCGGCCACUCGGUUCGCCCUUGCCAAUCUCACAACUACAGUACUCCGACUAGACUUUUGGGAUGACAACGACCCAAAUUCUAUGUUAGAAUGCUUUCUCCUUCUUCGUUUCUUUCAACUUCUGAUCUUUUUCCAGAUUCUUCUGCAAAUCUACAUUCAAUAUUGUCACCCAAUGUCUCGACUUGCCCGACAAAGUGAUCAAAACAAUGAAAACGCAUUUGGAAGGCGAGGAAGAGCUCACCGACAUUGCUCCGAUGAUUAUGUCCGUUCGAGAAGAUCCUGUCUACAAAACGGAAGGAUCCACUCCUUUCCUGGCCGCUCUUCUCUUUGCAUUCGUCAACGCAGGUGAGUAAAACUAGCAUGAUAGAGAAGUAGCGAACUGCCGAAGACCUCAGGGAACUACGACAGCCGGUACCGAGUGCUGCUCCGACAUCUCACCACUUUGCUCGGAGUGGUUUGGAGUGAGUUCGAAGAUGUCGAGGACUCGUUAGCCAGCAAUCUCCUAGAUGAGCAGUUUGUGGAGUCAGAGUGAGUUGAAAACCGAAAUAGGCAGAAGGAAGAGAGAUGUUGAACGGAAAGAAUAUUUCAGAGUUACAAGGAAGCUAUCUGAUGGGUAGGCAUUGAAAUGUUGUGAUUGUAAAGUGUACACGUGUUCUCAUAACCGUCAAUAUCAUCCGUGAUCCUUUCCUUUUGCAGACAAAGUCGAGUAGUACGAGAGAAGACUGCGCGGAACAAGAAGAUCAAGCGAUACCUGAUGAUCGGAGCAGCCGGCGGCGUGGGCGGCGUGCUCAUCGGACUGACCGGAGGACUCGCCGCCCCUCUCGUCGCCGCUUCCGCCGGGAUGCUUAUCGGAGGAGGAACUGCAGUCGCUGGACUGGCCACGACUGCAGGAGCAGCAGUUCUGGGCACGACUAUGGGAGUUGCUGGGGCUGGAUUCACCGGGUACAAAAUGAAGAAACGGGUCGGAGCAAUCGAGGAGUUCACUGUGGAGACACUCUUCGAAGGGGUCAGCCUGAGCUGUACACUUGUGGUCAGCGGAUGGAUAGAGAGCGACACGAGUCCGGAGCAGGCAUUCGUGCACCAAUGGAGACAUCUGAGGCACACCAAAGAGCAGUACACUUUGAGGUAGGAGUUCGGAGGAAAUCGCGGUCGGUCGCAUUCAUUUCCUUAUUUCAGGUACGAAAGCAAUUAUCUGAUGGAACUCGGAAACGCCAUCGAGUACCUCAUGAGCUUCGCCGUUUCCGUCGCCAUCCAACAGACUCUUCUGGAAACCGCUCUCGCAGGUAGCUGUUCCCUUGCCUUCGUUUAACCCGUCAACUCUUGAGGCCUCGUUUCCGCCGUCGCUUGGCCCGUCGCCUUGAUGUCCGUCUCGUCGGUGCUCGACAAUCCGUGGAAUGUGUGCGUCUCGAGAGCCACAGAAGUCGGAGAGCACCUGGCAGAAGUUCUGUUGAGCAGGUCGCACGGGAAGAGACCGAUCACUCUGAUCGGGUUCAGUUUGGGCGCACGGGUCAUCUUCCAUUGUCUUCUGACGAUGAGCAAGCGAUCGGAGAGCGUAGGGAUCAUUGAAGAUGUCAUUCUGCUGGGAGCCCCGGUGACCGCGUCGCCGAAGGAAUGGGCGAAAGUUUGCAGUGUGGUCAGUGGUCGGAUAAUCAAUGGGUAUUGUGAAACUGAUUGGUUGUUGAGGUAGAGCAAGGAGAGGCAAUCGAUAUUUAUGCGUGAAGUUUCAGAUUCUUGUAUCGAACAAUGAGUGCGCAGAUCAGAAUCGCCGGAACGGGACCAGUGAACAACAAGAACAACAAGAAGAUCUACAACUACAACCUGAGCCACAUUGUUCGUCAUUCGUCAGAUCACACUUUCCACGAAACACAUCUUCAUUUUUCAGGUGAAAGGGCACAUGGACUACUCGAAACGGCUCACAGAAGUGCUUCACGCGGUCGGCGUCAAAGUGGGACCUCAUUCUGAAGACAGCAUGAUCGACCUGACCCAACUGGAGGGACCUCAUGAGGCGACUGGCCAGGCACACGAGGCCAUCAACUACAGUAUCCCACUGGUCGAAGAUGAGGGAGUUCCUCUGAAUUUAGAGAACGUUCAUGAAGUCAAAGUUGUCGAUCGAUAG